UUAAUCUUUCACUGCAGCUACUAUACUCAGCUACCGUGGAAACCUUAUUCGAAUCCGUCAGUGAUUUAAGGAGUUGAAGACAAUUUGGUCGUUUCUACAAAUCGAUUCAGACGAUGGAAAAUCAUUUCCUUCCAUUUUUAGUUGUGGUGGUGAUUUUCAUCAUUAUGAACGAGACAUCAGUUAUUGCAGCAGCUGACGUUUCAGUGAUGGAUAACAAUAAUUUCGAAAACGGAGUGGUAAAACCGUGGAUUGACCAGUCGGAUCCCGCUGUCAAGUGGAAAAUCGAGAACAGAAAUUCACCUUGGGAGCCGGAGAAUGAAGCCCCUCUUCCGUUAAGUGGCUCGAAUUAUAUCAGAGUUGAUCGCGGGACUUCACUGUCGUUCGGUGUGGCUAUUCUGCGCAGUCCCGUCUUUAGUCUUUUGACCGGCACCAAGGCCACCUUUUCAUUCUCGUUCUGGAUCCGUUCCAAAUGGCCACAAUUCACAAAUCUCGAGUUAUACUUGGCCAAAAACUGUUGA